CCGCCAUUGAAGGACCCGAACUACGAGGGGUCAGAUUCGCAGCGACGGUCCGCGGGCGUUCGUACGUCUGUCUCCCUUCCACUUUACUAAAAUACAACUUUUUGUACUCAAACGGUUCAUCUCCCCCCCUUCUUCUUAUUUAUACGUUAUUUUAAAACUGCUUAUCAUAUUCGGAUUCGAACUGGUUUGAUGAGGAAAGCAGACAGCAGCGCACGGCACGGCAGCUGAACAGGCGGAUCGGGCUACAAACCGAGCCGCGCUCCGGGGGGGGGCGGUGGGGGGGGCUUCGGGCAACGCCGUUUGAUGGAUCCGAGGAUCGCCUGGUUCCAGCCAGAACAACUCGGACCCGCCAACAGCCUCUGGGUGCACAUCUGGGAAACAACGCAGAGUCUGGGCACUCUCUACUUGGGCAGCAACUGCGGCGCUAGUCAGAGUCCCAAAGCAGCGAGCGGCGACGGGGGAGCGGAGAGCGGGAGCGGAGCACCGGCCGCGGCGGGCAGCACCGGCCACAUUGGGAGCUGGGGGAACCGGGCCGACCGGGGAAUGUCGAACUCCAGGGACGACGUCGCGGAGCAGCGGGACUAUAUACCUCUGGAGAGUAAUAACAACCAACGAGACUGUGCGCCGGCGGGGAGGGGCACGGGCGGCGGGGCGGCGAGCGCCGGUGGGCUCGCGGGGGGCUCCUCCAGGGGGGACUCGGACACCGCGCAUCGCAGCAAACGGCGGCGGGAGAACAAGGCGAGCACGUUCGGCUUCAACACGAGCAGCCUUCUGCUCUGCCCGGGAUCGGCCGAGGACGCGCUCGCCGGAUACACGGGCACGCCGUGGAAAAGCAGGAACUACUCGGAGGGGGUCAUGGGGCUGCAUGAGGAGAUCAUCGACUUCUACGAGUACAUGUCCCCACGCCCGGAGGAGGAGCGAAUGAGGAUGGAGGUGGUGGAGCGCAUCGAAAGGGUCAUCAAGGACCUAUGGCCCUUCGCAGAUGUUCAGAUAUUUGGGAGCUUUACUACUGGAUUAUAUUUACCAACAAGUGACAUUGAUUUGGUGGUGUUCGGAAAGUGGGACAAUUUACCCCUGUGGACUUUGGAGGAGGCCCUGCGGAAGAGGCAUGUGGCCGAAGAGAACUCAAUCAAGGUGUUGGACAAGGCCACGGUACCAAUCAUCAAGCUGACAGAUUCAUAUACUGAGGUCAAGGUGGACAUUAGUUUCAACGUACAGAACGGUGUGAAAGCUGCUCAGCUCAUCAAGGAGUUCAAAAAGAAAUACCCUGUGCUUCCUCAUUUGGUAUUGGUGCUGAAGCAAUUCCUGCUGCAAAGGGAUCUAAAUGAAGUGUUUACCGGGGGGAUCGGAUCCUACAGCCUCUUCCUCAUGGCUGUCAGCUUCCUGCAGCUGCACUACAGGGUUGAUGCAUGCAGCCCCAAUGCAAACAUGGGCGUCCUUCUCAUCGAGUUUUUUGAGCUCUAUGGCCGGCACUUCAACUACCUGAAGACAGGCAUCCGGAUUAAGGAUGGCGGCAGCUAUGUGGCCAAAGAUGAGGUCCAGAGGAGCAUGCUGGAUGGCUACAGGCCCUCCAUGCUCUACAUCGAGGACCCCCUGCAGCCAGACAAUGAUGUUGGCCGAAGUUCCUAUGGUGCCAUGCAGGUGAAGCAAGCCUUCGACUAUGCCUAUGUUGUACUGAGCCAUGCCGUUUCGCCCAUUGCCAAGUACUACCCCAACAAUGAGGGCGAGAGUAUAUUGGGAAGAAUAAUACGGGUCACUCAAGAAGUGGUAGAAUACAGAGACUGGAUCACAAAGCAGUGGGGGAGCCAGUCAAAGAAUGAGCCGCUUUGUAACGGAAAUGAUGUAACACUACUGGUGGAGCCACAGCGGCUGGACAAGUGCAACAACAAUGUGUCCAAGGAGACGGCAGCACCUCCCGCGGCAUCCUGCUGCAAGCGCUCAUCCAACUCCUCCUCUCCACCCCACUCCUCACCCUCGUCAUCCUGCUCACCCUCCUCAACAGCCUCCAGCUCCAGUGAUGCUGAUUCUGAUGGAACCCCCUGUAAGACAGCGAAGCAGCCAGCAGGACGGAGCCCCGGCUUGCCCAAUGAAAUAUUAGGAGCUGUGACCACACACAGAGCACAAGGCCACUCAUCUAGCAGCCCAGCUGGCAGCGUCACCAAGGGAAAGACGAGCAGCAGACAGCCGCGCCCCCCCGCAAAAUGUGUUGCAGGGCAGCAGAGCACAGGGCUGUCAAACGCAGUGCCCAGUAACAAGGUCCACCAUCAGGGAGAGCGCAAGAAGAGGAAAUCCCAGCGGGAAGCUGUACACAGUGACCUGUGCAGAUAGGGGAACCACUGGCUGUUUGAGACUGUAUCUCAGUUCUGCUCUUGGAGCCUUUUCCUACAGGACUGUUUGUAUUAUUGUUGUUGUUCUUAUUACUUUUUUUGUUGAGUGAUACACAGCUUUUUAUAAGUGAAAUGGACAAAAAAAAAAAAAAAUCAAUGUGUGAAUUUCUGGGCUUGAACAGAGAUGAAGGAUCUUUUUGUUUUUGUAAAACACACACUGCCCUUCACCAGACUCCUUGUUUCCCAACAAAUCUCUGUGCCUCCCUGGCUCUGCAUUUUUGUGAGAGGAGCGGGGUGCCUGUGCUAGGAUGCAGUGAUUCUGGAACAAUCCCUGGAGACUUGAGCCCCAGUAAUCAACUGGAAACAUGAUUAAAUACAGUUUACAAAAAAAGGGUUAGAAAAAAAUUAAAAUACUGAAAACCAAACAAAAAAAAAAAAAUGCAAUUUCAGUUACGCUUGAGGGUUAAGAUUUUUCAGUCCAUGGACAUUUUUGUACUGCAGAAUUCUACUGAUGUUUUUGUAUACAAAGGAUAUCAAGCAAAAUGGGGAGUAACACAAUUACAGAAAAGUGGGUUUGUAUGACAUGUUAAAGAUGUGUACAUUUUUGCCAGGAGCUGAUAAGCACCCAAAUACCAACCAUCAGGCUCUCCUAUAAGAUUCUGAAAAUAAUAUGCAAUGCUAAGACAAAAGAUACAUAAAUGAGAAAGCCCAACAGAGCAAAAAACAGAUGUUUUUGUUUGAUUGCAAUACUGUACAGGUACUUCAGAGUCUGACAGUAGAGAUGGUGGUAGAAAAAUGGGAAAAAAAACUUAUUUCCCCUGUGUUUUACCAGUUAUGGAAUAAGUAUUUAUUUUUAUUAUAAAUAUGCACAUGUAUAUGAAAAUUCAGUAAUACUCAAAUCUUGUUGACUGAACUUUGACUCAAAGCUCGGUUUCAGGAACUGUAAUCUGUCAAUGUCAAGGAAACACUGCCUGCAUCAGUGUUUUUAGUCUUUUUUUUUUUUUUUUUUUGGUUCUCUAGUAUAUCGAAGUUUUACAUGAGUGACCAAUCUGCUUUUUUUUUUUUUUUUUUUUUUGCUGUUUGGAUUUUAUCCAGUAUCUGUGUAAUCAUUCAUCCACGAGUUUGGACUUCUGAUUAUAUGACCAAUAGGUGGCGCAAUAGGAGAAAAAAUCUGGUACGUUUAGCACAAUACAUUCAAGUAUUUAACAGGACUUAAACUGGUCUGCCUGAAUUGUAGUUGUCACACAUGUUUAAACACAUGCAAUAAAAUCUAAACCGACUAAAUAACUGGUAAAUGUAUUUUUUAAACAUUUAUGCUUAAAUAUUUCUGUAAGAAACAUGCAGAUGUUUAAAUUACAAUAAAGUUCUCAAAAGACGCUUAGAUCAACCUAACGUACUGAGCGAUGCUGCGGCAAGUCUGAAGACAAACACAGUUGCCUUCUUUAUGCGGAAAGUAGUUUGAGACCCUUUUUUGGUAUUAGGUGAAGUUGCUUUUGUUCUUUACGUCGGAAGGAACCUGUAAAUAGGCCCGUCAUAUCUGAAUGGUAGGCAAACACAGUAAGCAUUAGUGUAGAUGAUAUCAUGCCAUUAAUUGGGAUCUGCAGCAUGUUUAAGUGUCUUGACUGUUGGUGGUGGUGGUGGCGGCCUGGUUUAACAAUGCCACUCCACCACUUCUGACUCUGAGUACAAAGAUAUGCAUAAUCCUCGGCAAUGCUCAAUUUCUCUCAAUGUUCGCAACACAAUUUCUUAGUCGAUUAUAUUAUCAGCCCAUACUCAAAAAAGGCAAUGCCACCUGCUUGCAAAGACCUGAGCAGCUCAGUUUUCUGAUGUUGAGACUGACGGUCUUCAUUCCUCGUUCCUUUGUCGCAUUCAGACAAAUAAGUAUAAAGUAGUGUAUUGUGGAUCAGAGUGUAGAAUUUUCAAAUCAGAAUUUUACAUCUACUUUGUCUUUCCUUUGCUAUGAAUGUAUGUAAGUGGUCAUUUAUAACGAUGUUUUUUACCUGCUGAUUUUACUGCUGUAUGACUACCCCCCCCCCCCCCCUUACUGAUAUUGUGAACAACAUGAGAUAUUUCUCCAGCCAUUAUGAUGAGAGGGCCGAGCUCCCCUUUGUUAAAGGCAGUGGCUAUCACGUGUUACUGACUUCUGGGCACCCAAAUAUUUCACGCUGUUCCAUAAACUCGCACGCUGUGGUGCGGAUGCAAACCUGUUGUGUCUUGGGUUUCAACAAGAGGCGUUGCAAGCGAAGCGUGCUUCCUGCGUGUGCGGGGCCUCGGUGGGGCCCUGGCGGAACACACACAGCCACGUCUCAGCCUUCCUACUACUGCACCUGAUGCUGAGCUCAGUGUUUGAGAUCCUCCUAGUGAAAAGUCCUCCACCUUUUAACACUGAUUUGAUAGGUUUGUUUUUCUAGAAAGAGAAGAAAAGAUAUUUAUUUUAAUGUAAGCAGCUGAGCUGUGCUCUUUUUUAAAUGUUGAGAUUUUAACUUGCUGU